AUGUCGAGUGCACGUACGCAGAUCGCAUCUGCCUACAGGGAGCUUCUCCGAGCUCAGCAUGCGACCUUUGGCCAUGAUCGACAAGCCCGUCUAGCUGCGAGGCCGAUGAACGCGCAGCUUGUGCAAGCUGCCGUCGCGACACUCUCGGCAGAGCCAACGGCGACUAUGGGGACAGAGCAAGCGACAGAGAACAAGCAGAGGAGGAGGAAGCAGAUGGCUCCCGCCACCCUGGAGGAGGCCUUGCUCGCACUGCGCCAGGUCGCACUCUUCUUCAGGCGCAAUGUCGUCCAGGGUCAGCACGAUGCCGAACGAGCUCGUAUAGGUCUCAAGAUCACAAAGGACACCGAGCUCGGCGACAAUGAGACCGUCAAGGCCAAGACGGUCAAUCGCGACGUCAGACCGAGGAUCUACCAUCUCCAUGGUUCGAUCGAGAGUGACGGUCGAGCGAGCAAGAGCCUCGUCAGAUUCCACAGGGCAGGCCCGCUAGACAUCUCGCCGGGCUUACGGCUAGAGUGUGCGCGCGCGCCGGCUCAGCUCCCCACGAGACGCAUCUGCACUAGCUUCCGAUCCAAGUGUGACUGUUGGGCUCACGUCCGAGCUCGCGCAAGUACGUGCGAGGACGAGUUUAUCGGAUCGACUCGAGUCGGGCGAGCACUCAUCUACUCACUCGAACGAAACGAGUCCGAUCAUACCGUACAUGUACUGACCGAGCGCUGUCGAGACCGUCAGACCAUGGGAACCUCGGGUCUAUAG